AUGUACAUCACGCUCUACUUCAUAGUCAACCGCCUCCCUGACUCUCUUACCCCAGUCAGUGACCUCCUUCUCGGCCUUGACCCCACCGACCUAACUGUUGACCUGCUCGAGAAGCACCUCCUAGCAACUAAGACUAGCAUAGUCGCUGUAGCUGUUGACUACCUUCGAGCUGAGGAGGUAGGAGCUGCGUCUGCCCCUGGUGGGAGGCGCCGCAGCGGCAGGGGCAGGGGAGGCAGGAGCAGUGGGGGUGGUAGAGGUGGAGGCGGUGGUGGGGGCGGUGGAGGAGGUGGAGGGGGCGGCGGUGGAGGAGGUAUUGGUGGUGGGGGUGGAGGGGCAGGUGGCGGCGGUGGUGGCGGCACUGGGAGUGGUGGAGGUGGCGGUGGUGGCGGCAGUGUGGGUGGAGGCGGCGGCAGUGGUAGCGGCCGGGGUGGUACCAGCCAGAGGGAAGGCCUUGGAGGUGGCCAGAGGCAGUAG